AUGGAAGUAAAAAACAAGGAAAAAUCAUUCCUUUACAUUAUUCUUAAUGAUCCAUCUUUGAAAAGAUUUAUUAUUUUUCUUUUCAUUUCAGGAGUUAUAUGGUUUUUGCCAUUUUACAAAGUGCUUACUUAUACCGUUUUAAAAAAUUAUAGCAGCCAUUCGUCUGCUAAUAACAAAAUAUAUGAUUAUGGCACAAAUAUUAUCAUUAUAGCUACAUAUUACAUUAUUCUACGCAAAAAAAAGGUUGGAGGUAGUAUCAAUGCUGCUGGAAUGAACAGAAUGAUGUUAAAAGGAAAGUGUGUUAUGGUAACAGGAGGUUAUAGAGGUAUAGGACUAGCGGCAGUUAUCGAAUUUUUAAAACUGGGUUGUGAAAUAAUCUUAGCUUGUAGAUCAUUACAACAUAUGGAAGUUGUUCGUGCAGACUUAUUGUCAAAAUUUCCUGAUGCAAAAAUAAUUUGUGUACAGCUGGACUUAGGAAGUUAUAAAAGCAUAGAAAAUUGUGCGAAUUAUAUAAUGAGCAAAAUUCCCAAAAUAGAUAUAAUAGUUAACAAUGCCGGAUUUCUGAACCAUAAGCGUGAGUAUAUUAAUGGCUUGGAAUCUACAUUCUUUAUUAACUACUAUGGGCACUUUUAUUUAAUUAAAUUACUGUACAAACGAAUAUUAUUGGAUGAUACGUUGGUCGUAAAUUUAAGCAGCAUAGCGCAUUGUAUGUUAAAGGAAUCGGAUGUGAACUACGAUUUUAUUUACGAAAAGAAUUAUUCAGGAAACGUCAGUUCAAAUUUAUUAUAUAGGAGGGAAUACAACUUUUCGAAGUUGUGUAUGCUUUAUUUUUCACAACAAUUGCAGACUAGAUUUGAGAAGGAAAAAACAAAAGCGUGUUCAGUGUCCAUCAACCCAGGGUUAGUCAAAACAGAUCUUUUCCGAUAUGAACAAAACUGGUUUCGAGCAAUACCCAAAAAUGUAAUUUUUGCCAAAUCGCCUUUGCAAGGUUCCCAAACAAUUUUGUAUGUGUGCUUACAAGAUCGAGAUGAAUUGGCCAAGGGAUGUUACUAUUCGGAUUGCAAAGUAGACUACAUAAGAGCCUACGCAAAGGACUUGCGAAAGUCAGAGGAUUUGUGGAACCUAUCUGAGGAAAUACUACUAAAUAAAACAAAAUUUUGA